GUUCGUGCUGCGUUCCUGCGCAAGCAGCCUUUUACAGCACUUGCCAGUUAUUCCCUCCGCAACAAAUUGCUCAGAUACGAUCACACGCUCUCCGCACGAUUAGAGCACCGUUCUAAAACGCUUGUCGCCUCGCACUAAACACCAAAACACGGCACACCCGAUUUAUCUCGCCAAUAAACCGUAAAACCUCAUUUGCCGUUUUUACGCAUGCCCAAAUUUUUACCUCUCAGUACUCCCAAAAUCUCAAAAAAAUAUAAAACACCAAAAAGCCUUGCACACCAAUGCUCAUCGACAUAUCAAACCUGCCGCAAAUACCCACCAAGAGGUUCAAGCUGACCAUUCACAGAUCAACAAACCGCACGAAGCUUCUCCGGUGGCUCUUUGAGGUAACAAUAGACUUCAGGCUAACGCUCGACACGCACAUACUGGCCAUACGGAUCUUUGAUCACUAUGUGGCGAGGGCCAACGUGGACACGGGUGAAAUGCAGAAGGUGGGGGUCUGCGCGCUCUUCUUGGCGAGCAAAGUUUUCGAGGUUAACAUGCGCCGUGCGUGCGAAUAUGCAUGUGUGACGGGCGGUGCUUGUACCGAGGAGGACAUGGUGGGUGUGGAGAAGAUGAUCUUGGAGUGCCUUGACUUUGAAAUACCGCUGAUCGAAAUUGAGGACGAGAAGAUGAAAAUUGCCGUUGUGAUCGUGCUGGAGGGCAUGAAGGCAACGGAAUGGGGGUGUGUGCUGGAAGAAGCAAGGAGGACAAUGAAUGGCAUUGAGAACGGCAAUACAGGGAAGGAAACGGUGUUUUACACGGAAAUGAUGAAAAGCAGCACUGCUUAGUUAAACACUCCUUUAAAUUACGAGUCUUUAGGAAAAUGGGCCGGCGUUGCUGGGAAUACCACGUUGGAAUGGGGGCAAAAUUUUAGCAAUUAUUGGGACCGUGUCUUCUGAGGAUGCCUGCCCGGCUUAAAAGUUCGGUAGCGGGAGAGAACGGCAUUGCCGUGUGAUGAGCACCGCCCACAGGUAUACGACGAGAGAACAUGCAUAACAUUCAACAGGCGAUCACGUCUCGCUAUCUGCCCGUUCUCCUUCCGUUUGGUGAUCAAUCGAACAGGCAAACAUUUCUUGCUGCCGUAACGCUUUUUAGGACCAAACAAGUUUAUUCAAUCGUGGACCGCUACAAGCUGCUCCUACUUGAUGUGAUUGGCAGUGCUGUCGAAGUCUUUUCGAAUGGACUCAAACUCUCUCUUCAAACUUUCCAGGUCACCCUCUUCUACCAUCAAUUUAUCAAUUUUACCUGCAAUUCGUGCGAUCGUUUCGUUUAUUUCCUUUUUUCUGUACGAACUUUCCAUUGCCAUAAUAAAUAUUUUCUUGAUUUCUGCCGAGUACGACAUCGAUAGGGG